AUGCGCGUUUUGUUCGCUUUCGCUCUCGCCGCCGUCUUUCUGGAAUGCGUCGACGCUUAUCGGCCGAUCAAUGCUCAUAAGCAAUGGUUUCGAUAUCCAGGAAACGCGGGCGUCAAAAUUCGGCUCACCAAAAAGGGCGCCAAUCAUAUCAAAACCGUCGGCGUUCAGUUGUUCAAUGAUUAUGUUGCCAAUUUGAAGGAUUACUCCACAGACGUGCCAUUCAAUCAAAUCGGAAUGAUCGGUGUGGCGAGGUUGUCGAAUUUGCGCAUCAAGAACUAUCAUCCGCCGCAGCUCUCGGUGCUCAACUUCCUCCCGACACGCUACAUCGUCCUUGGGCUCGAAAAUCUAGACCUAUCACUCUCAUCGCAUUUUUUCGCCAGCGCGCCACCGCUUCAAUUCGAGGGCUCACUCGACGGCUCAAUCGUCGGCAUGACGAUCGCGUUGACCGCCGAGCUGCUCGCCACUCAAACCGGAUCAAUGUCGGCGAUUGUUCGCAACUGCUCGGCGAUUGUCGCGCGCAGCCAUGUGAUUCUGAAUCCCGUCGGUCCGAUGGGCAUUUUUCUCAAAACAUUCGAGGGCAUGAUCAACGAUUCGGUUCGUCAGAGGAUUCCGGAGAUUCUGUGCGCCAAACUGCAAACCGCCAUCGAGAAACACGUCGGCCAAAUGUUCGAUAAGGUGAUCCGAAUGGAUCUGAUGGAUCAGCUGCCGAGAGUCGCCACCAAAAAUGGCGAUCUCAUGCAAUCAUUCAUGGCGCAAUUAUCCAAUGGAAUGUUUCUUGAUAAUCGAUUAAUGGCUCAUCCCUACGUCACUUUUGAUUUUAUUGAAACUAAUCAUCAAGGCAUCAUUGAGUACGAUCAAUCCGCUCAAACGCCAUUCUAUCCCAGAGCUAUGGAGAAUCUGACAAGCAGCGAAGACCGAAUGCUUCACAUCUACAUAUCGGACCAUCUUCUCAAUUCGCUACUCUAUCACGCGUAUCAAGAUAAUCGGCUAUCGAUGAAAAUCGAGAAUGAAUCGCUGCCGGCCGAACUGAAGGGAUUCGUCGGAACGAGCUGCCCGACGGUAUGGAAUCCGUCGAAUAUAUGCGUUGGAAGGCUGAUACCUCAAAUCGGGAAGUCAUUCCCCAACGCGACCACUUCGUUUGUGAUCCUACCGCAUGGAUUGCCAUAUGUGCGAUUCACUCCAGACGGCGCCACCAUCGAAACAACAAAUAGGGUUUUGACAUAUCUGGAGAAUUAUGACGAGCGCGUCAAAUCGCAGAUUCUCGUCUUCUCGAUUAAUGGACAAGCUGUUAUUGGAUUCGUGCCGAAUGAUGGGAUACUCGAGGCGAAUCUGAGUCUGAAUCGAUUCAAUGUGCGAUUGCAUCGCUCGUCGAUUCGCGGUGUCGAUGAGACGUCGAUCUCGAAAUUGUCGCCGCUGGCGAAGACGUUCAUCGCGCCGAGACUCAAUCGCGCCCUUCAGAAGGCUAUUAAGCUGCCGAUGCAGGAGACGAUGAGAUUUAUGAAUCCGCAAGUGCGCACGUUCGACGGCUACAUGCAGUUGUCGACGGAUUUCGAAUUGAACGCGAAACGAAUGAAGAUGAUGAUGGGCAAUGUGACGAUUGCAUAG